AAGUUUGCAGGGUUUCCACCUGAAGAGAGCAGCAUGACAGCAGGUUGUGGAGGAACUUGUGUGAAAGUAGCUUGUCAGCCUGUCUCAAACCGUUUCCGGAAGGCAGUAUCGAAAGACAACUGAAAAGGAUCCUUUGAGAAUGUCCAGCUCCCUAGUUGUGUGUGAAGUGGAUGAAAGUCUAAAAGCUAAACUGAAAAAGUUCAGAUUCCGAAAAGAGACCAACAAUGCUGCCAUACUAAUGAAAAUAGAUAUGGAGAAGCAACUUGUUAUCCUUGAAGAGGAAUAUGAGGAUAUCUCAGUCGAGGAACUGAGAGAAGAACUUCCAGAGAGGCAACCCAGAUUCAUUGUCUACAGCUACAAGUAUGUGCAUGAUGAUAAAAGAGUAUCUUACCCUCUGUGUUUCAUAUUCUGCAGUCCAAUGGGGUGUAAGCCAGAACAGCAGAUGAUGUAUGCAGGAAGCAAGAAUUAUCUGGUCCAAGCUGCAGAGCUCACAAAGGUGUUUGAAAUAAGAAACACUGAUGACUUGACCGAAGAAUGGCUGAAGAAGGAACUGGGAUUUUUUCGUUAAAUGUGCAGCUUUCAUGUCAGUUAACAACCAGUAUGUUCUUUGUGAAAAAUAUUCAUUUCUGUUCCAUUAUUGCUAUAACAUGGUUUACUACAUGCAGUGAAAUUAAAUUCAUCAGCUUGGCAUUGCGACUCCUUUAUUUUGUACAUGACUUUCACCUGGGAUUGUCACUGUAAUUUUAUGACAAUUAAGACUGAUUUGAAACUGAAAAACUGCGCACAGACUUUCCUUUACAUGUAUGACUUAGAACAGACUUAAAAAAUGAGAUCACCCAAAUAAAUGUGAAAUUAAGAAAU